AUGCCGGCUCCCCUCUUUGCCGCGAGAAAGGUGGCAUCCAAUCGGGUGGCAGACGCUCUCGCUGCAGAGAGUUCCAGACUCUCCUUGGCAAGAAUAGGAAUCGAUGCAUUGCCUGGGGACCUCACUGCCAGCAAUCGAGUGACUCACAUCACCGUUCUGGAUUUGAAGCACAACGCAUUGCAGAUGUUGCCGAGCGAGUUGUUUCUGUGCGUGACUCAGUUGGAGGAAGUCGACGCCAGCAAGAACCGUAUCUCUUAUCUUCCAGAAACAAUCGGAUUGGCGACCGGACUCCGAAAACUCAACCUUCAGGGAAACUGUUUGCGAGACAUUCCGAACGGUCUGUGUCUCCUACAGGUCCUCGAAACGCUGGAUCUCGCGCAGAAUAUGCUGGUGAAUGUCAUGCAUGCGGUAUAA